AUGAAACAUCCCUCUAUGCAUUUUAGGUCCUGUCAUUGAAUUAUUAUACUGUGUAGAGUAGGAAAUAUAGAAGGGCUUAUAACAUAAAUUAUUAUACUGUGUAGAGUAGGAAAUAUAGAAGGGCUUAUAACAUAAAUUCCUCUAUAAGAUUUCAAUAUAUUUACCCUAAAGACAUUUUAUGGGAUUAGUUAUAAGACAUCAGGCGAAACUUUAUAAAUUAUAUUCUUCACUACGCUACAGCAAAUCUGGCUUGUUUGUCGUGUCAAUUUUUCACCUCUUAUUCACUCUUGCAGAAGAGAGUGACUGAGCAAAUUUUCCUGGAUCCUCUAGUUAAUAAAACUGGAGAUGUCUGGCAUGUGUUCCUUAAGGGAGAUUUCGAGAAUAUGCUUUAUGGCUACAACUUUGAUGGAAAGUUCUGUCCUGAAGGAGGACACUACUUUGACUCUUCACAGAUAGUGUUGGAUCCUUAUGCCAAGGUCAGAUAGUUAUAAAGCUACAGUAAGCAGAGGAGAAUAUGGUGUAUUAGGGCCAGAGGAUGAUUGUUGGCCCCCAAUGGCUGGUAUGGUACCUUCUGCUCCUGAUCAGUUUGAUUGGGAAGGAGAUACCACUGAAGGUGUUAGUUCAACAUGUCUGUUUUACUGUUUGAUUUUCGUUAUUUCAGUUUAUUGGGAAGGAGAUCUACCGCUGAAGUUUCUACAGAGAGAUCUUGUAAUCUAUGAAAUGCAUGUUCGUGGAUUUACAAAUCAUGAGUCGAGCGGAACAAAAUGUCCUGGUACUUAUCUUCGUAUUGUGGAGAAACUUGAUCACUUAAAGGUGAAUGCUUGGUUGUUAUAAUAGUAUAUGUUAUAGCCUGUAAGCUUAGCAUAUGAAGUUUCUCAGGAGUUAGUUCUAACUUAACUGACAUUAUUAGUUCAAGAAUAAUUUUGGACACACCAAAAUUAGAGGACAUUUAUGCAGAUGAGUUUCCUCUUUCAUCUUACUGAUGGUCUAUAUUCGUGUAUUUCAUUGUUAGGUUUUUUGCCUUCUAUCUAUAGUUAAAUGAUGGACACUUGGCCCAAAUUUUUCUCUCUAUGUUGACGAAGACACGAUAUGUACAGUUGUGAGAUUGGAUGGAUAUAUCUUGCGCAAAAUAGAAAAGUGAAGUCUUGGAUGGACACAAGUAAUUUUUUUCCUUUUGAAAGUGAAAGUGAAUGUUACCAGUUUUAGGAAAAAAUAAAUGCAUAAAUAAAAGUGAAGGAGUCAGCUGGUUAUGAGGUGUAACAGUUGUUAAUUUCAUCAGAUUUCUCUGAAAGAUCUUCAACAAUAUUGCAAGACUGCGUUACUAGAAAUUAUGAUACAGUAAUAAUUUGUUUGAAAAGGCGAAUUGAUGAGAAUGAAGAGAACAAGUUGUCCUGAAGAAGAAUGGUUUAAUUGAUUUACAUGUAUUAUCCUUCUUUCUUGGUAAUAAGAUUAUUUUGGUUUUGUAUAUUGAAUUGUGUUACCAUCUCAUCUAUAAUUUUGAUGCAGAGGGGACACAUUAGAUUGUUUAUUUUGGAGGCAGAGCCAUCUGAAGAAAAACUCAUCGAAGGGGGUUCAACAUCUAGAAUAUAUAAAUAAAAAUUAUUUUAAUCAUGUUUUAAUAAUAUAAUUUUCCGUCUAAGGGGGUUCGUCCGAAUCCCCCUUUAAUAGGCAAGUCCGCCUCUGACUUUGGUCCACAAACCCCCCCCCCACACACCACCACAUGUGUUGAAUUAAUUAUUUUUCUCGGGCCAAGCAUGUGGAUAUACUUUUCGUGGAUGAAUGACGGUGAGUCUCAAACUUAAUACCAUGUCAAAUUGAGACCACCUUAUGUUUCUUGAGAGGAGACACUUUAUUUAUCUAUUUAGGCCUAUAACAAUAAAAAAUUUUAAACUGAAGCGCAAGCUCUAAUACUUUCCAAUACAUUUAAUACUCCAUUUCUUGAAUUUCGGAGUGAUUAUACAAGUUGUCAAAUUUGAGGUUAACUGGUGGCUAUGCUAGAGUUUGCCUUAAUUUAAGUUGAGAAUAACUAUGUAGCAGUAGAAGCUUUUAUUGCUUGCUGGUAGAUUUAUCUGUGUGCAAUAGUAUAAAAAUUUCUAACAGAAAAUGUAAAGUUGCCUCCAUGUGACCACGAGGUCACGGGUUCAAGCCUUGGAAACA